CACAGAUGUCCUGGCGACCGCAGUACCGCAGCUCCAAGUUCCGGAAUGUCUACGGGAAGGUGGCCAACCGGGAGCACUGCUUCGACGGGAUCCCCAUCACCAAGAAUGUGCACGAUAACCACUUCUGUGCCGUCAACGCCCGCUUCCUGGCCAUCGUCACCGAGAGCGCGGGGGGCGGCUCCUUCCUGGUCAUCCCCCUGGAGCAGACCGGCAGGAUCGAACCCAACUACCCCAAGGUCUGCGGCCACCAGGGCAAUGUACUGGACAUCAAAUGGAACCCCUUCAUCGACAACAUCAUUGCCUCAUGCUCGGAGGACACGUCGGUGCGGAUCUGGGAGAUCCCCGAGGGCGGGCUGAAGCGGAACAUGACGGAGGCGCUCCUGGAGCUGCACGGGCACAGCCGGCGUGUGGGGCUGGUGGAGUGGCACCCCACCACCAACAACAUCCUGUUCAGCGCCGGCUACGACUACAAGGUGCUCAUCUGGAACCUGGACGUGGGCGAGCCGGUGAAGAUGAUCGACUGCCACACGGACGUGAUCCUCUGCAUGUCCUUCAACACCGACGGCAGCCUGCUCACCACCACGUGCAAGGACAAGAAGCUGCGUGUGAUCGAGCCCCGCUCCGGCCGCGUUCUGCAGGAGGCGAACUGCAAAAACCACAGAGUGAACCGAGUGGUGUUCCUGGGGAACAUGAAGCGGCUCCUCACCACGGGGGUCUCCAGGUGGAACACACGGCAGAUCGCCCUGUGGGACCAGGAGGAUCUGGCCAUGCCCCUGAUCGAGGAGGAAAUCGAUGGGCUGUCGGGCCUCCUGUUCCCCUUCUACGAUGCUGACACCCACAUGCUGUACCUGGCUGGAAAGGGGGACGGAAACAUCCGGUACUACGAGAUCAGCACGGAGAAGCCCUACCUGAGUUACCUCAUGGAGUUCCGCUCCCCUGCCCCGCAGAAAGGCCUGGGGGUCAUGCCCAAGCAUGGACUGGAUGUGUCGGCCUGCGAGGUGUUCCGCUUCUACAAGCUGGUGACGCUCAAGGGCCUGAUCGAGCCCAUCUCCAUGAUCGUGCCCCGGAGGUCGGAUUCCUACCAGGAGGACAUCUACCCCAUGACACCAGGCACGGAGCCAGCUCUGACCCCAGACGAAUGGCUGGGCGGCAUCAACCGAGAUCCCGUGUUGAUGUCUUUGAAAGAAGGUUAUAAGAAGUCCUCAAAGAUGGUAUUUAAGGCUCCCAUCAAAGAAAAGAAGAGCGUUGUGGUCAAUGGAAUAGAUUUAUUAGAAAAUGUCCCACCCAGGACAGAGAACGAGCUCCUCCGAAUGUUCUUCCGGCAGCAGGAUGAGAUCCGGCGGCUGAAGGAGGAGCUGGCCCAGAAGGACGUCCGCAUCCGGCAGCUGCAGCUGGAACUGAAGAACUUGCGCAACAGCCCCAAGAACUGCUAGCCCCGCGGCUGUGUGCGAGCCAGUCUCUCCGCUCCUGUCGUCCCUUCCUGUCCCCUUACCCAGUGGCCCCAGAGACAGAAUCAGGACUGGAGCUGGGGCCAGCCUGUGGACCCCUCCUGCCACCUCGACAACUGGAAGCCGACCUUUGACCUCCUGACCUCACGCUAAUCGAAGUCCCUGGCCUCUCCUGGAG